AUGGCUCAAGAAUCAAUUUCAAUUCAAUUUCAUCAAACUAGUAUCAACCAAAAGUCGGCCGAUAGUCCUCCAGUUGAUGUUUGGUCAAUUGAAAACCUGCUAUUGAACACUUCAUUCUCAUGGUUUGAGAUCACACGCUGUGCAAGAUCAUAUCAAAUCACAAAUCACAAGUUUGCAGAAAUAGGUGUGAUGGAGAUAUCACUACUGAAAACACUUGUAAAAAACAUUUCUAGUUUUCUUCAUCUGUCACCCCUUGAUAAUGGAUUAUGCUGUGAAAUUGUUGAAAAGUACUACACCACCAUUGAAGAACUACUCAAGUUGAUUAAACCAAUACUCGAGUCUAUUAUCAGUACACCAGUGGCUUCAGAUGAACAACAACUACAGAAUGAAUUUACUGACAUGAGUCAAUCUGUUGAUGAACUAAAGGAGCUCUUUGAAGAUUGUCAUCCAUUGAUGAGUAAAGUUUACUUUGUUUUGAAAGCCGAAUCAUUGUUUACAAAAGUCCAAACACAUUGCUUGGAGAUCUUUGAGCUUCUUCAAUCAUCUUGUGAACUAAAUUCAUCAUCUCUUGAGAAAAUGAAGCAUAUGGGAUAUGAAAAGCCAUCAGCUAUAGUCUUACAAGCUAUAAGAGAACAAGUGGAGGGAUCUGAUCCCAGCUCAGAAACUAGAUCAAAAAUUGCUGAUUUGUUAAGCUUAAGAACAAAUCAAGAACUUCUAAUCGAAGCUGUUGCACUUGAAAACUUGAAGGAGAAUGCUGAACAAGCAGAAAAGAUUGGGGAUUUGGAGUAUAUUGAAGAGAUGAUUGCUCUUGUUACACACAUGCAUGAUUGCUUUGUGGAAAUGAAACAAUCAGAAAGCUCUAACCCUGUUCCAAUUCCUCCAGACUUCUGUUGUCCACUGUCACUUGAAUUGAUGACAGACCCUGUGAUUGUAGCUUCUGGGCAGACAUAUGAGCGGGGGUAUAUUCGUAAUUGGAUUGAUCUAGGACUCAAUGUUUGCCCUAAAACAAUGCAAACUCUUGUUCAUAAUAAUUUGAUUCCUAAUUACACUGUGAAAGCAUUGAUUGCUAAUUGGUGUGAAUCCCACAAUGUUAAACUCCCAGAUCCUGUAAAGCAGCCAUUAAGGUUAACCUUGAAUCAACCUACUUCACCUAGAUCGAAUGGAAUCCAUCAGGAAGAAGCUUCUUCUCCAGUGCAUCGUCAUGUUCACUCAUCUUCAGAAGAUUCUGGAAAGGGGAAUGAGUUUAAUACGGUUGAAUCGGGUGAGAAAAGUUUGGAUUCCGGUGGACCUGGACCUUCUGGAGUGGAUGAAGGAUCACCACCGGAGGCACCUGCAAUUGAGUCGUCUUCUUCAACUCCGGCAACCGCUUACAACAGUGAUGCUUCAGGGGAGCUGGCGGCAGAGCCUCAGGCUGCCAUUGCUGCUUCCCGGCAUGCAGUUUCACCUCGAUUUGGAAACAGAGCACGAAACCAAAUAUGGCGGAGAUCAUCUUUUGGGCCGAGAGUUGUUUCUUCUGCUACUGAAGCGAGACCUGAUCUCACGGAACUCGAAACGCAGGUGAAGAAAUUCGUCAAUGACUUGAGCAGCGCUUCCAUUGAUACAGUCAGGACCGCCACCGGUGAACUCAGGUUACUUGCGAGACAUAAUAUGGAUAAUCGAAUCGUGAUAGCAAACUGUGGUGCUAUAACCUUGUUAAUCGGCCUCUUAUAUUCGCCGGACCAAAAAGUCCAGGAAAAUUCCGUCACCGCACUUCUGAACUUAUCAAUCAACGACAUCAACAAAGCCGCCAUCGCCAACGCCGACGCGAUUGAACCUCUGAUUCACGUCCUCGAGACCGGAAGCUCAGAGGCGAAGGAGAAUUCCGCCGCGACACUGUUCAGUCUCUCGGUAAUCGAAGAUAACAAGAUACGAAUCGGGAGGUCUGGAGCGAUCGGACCUCUGGUUGAUUUAUUAGGGCACGGAACUCCGAGAGGGAAGAAGGACGCAGCCACCGCAUUGUUCAAUCUAUCAAUAUUUCACGAAAACAAGGCGCGUAUUGUGCAGGCGGGAGCGGUGAAGUACCUCGUAGAGCUAAUGGAUCCCGCCGGUGGUAUGGUUGACAAGGCGGUGGCGGUUCUAUCGAAUCUUGCGACUCUCCCGGAGGGUAGAGCCGCCAUUGGUCAGGAAGGUGGUAUUCCGAUGCUUGUUGAAGUGGUUGAAUUAGGUUCGGCUCGAGGGAAGGAGAAUGCCGCCGCCGCCCUUCUGCAACUCUGUACAAAUAGCAGUCGGUUUUGUAACACUGUUCUUCAGGAAGGAGCAGUUCCGCCGUUGGUGGCUCUGUCACAGUCCGGUACACCGAGAGCCAAGGAAAAGGCUCAAUCGCUGCUUAGCUUCUUUAGAAACCAGCGCCAUGGCAAUGGCGGGAGGGGGUGAGGUAAGUUUUGUCAUUUGUGUACAAGUGUAUAUUUUUUUAUUAAUGUUUACAAAUAUCGGAUAAGAAGGUCUUUAGUAUUUGAGUGUAUGCUCUUUGAUUUAUUUGUGACAAGAAAAAAAAAAAAAAAAGAGAUACAUGAUUUUUUUGGGAUUUUUUUU